AGAAGGAACAAUGGUCGUGCCAAAAAGGGCCCCUGCCAUGUGCAGCCUAUUCGCUGCAUGAACUGCACCCGCUGCAUGCCCAAGGAUAAGGCCAUCAAGAAAUUCAUCAUUCGAAACACAGUGGAGGCUGCAGCCAUCAGGGACAUUUCCAAAGCCAGCGUCUUCGACGCCUAUGUGCUCCCUAAGCUGUAUGUGAAACUGCAUUACUGCGUGAGUUAUGCCAUUCACAGCAAGGUAGUUAGAAACCGAUCUCGUGAGGCCUGGAAAGACAGGACACCCCCUCCCCGAUUUAGACUUGCGGGUGCUGCCCCAUGA